GCUCUUUAGCGCAGAAGACGAAGGAGGAGCUGUCAAAAGUUUUAAGUCGGGACAGAUUCCGUGAAUUGGGACAAAACUUCAUACACACGCGCUCACACAGACACACACACAUACACACGCACACACACACGUCCGCCAACGGAGGCGCGUUCCAGUUAUGGAGUAACACGAUUACAAAUCGAGAGAUACUUAUAAAGCGUUAAAAGAGACGAAAUGGAGACUUUGGUCAAGACCGGAUUCCUCUUUUCUUUGCUGAUUUCCUUGGGCUCGUGCGCGACGCCGGAAAAGAAAGUGUGUCAGGGGGGGAACAACAGACUGACACUGCUGAGCACUGUAGAUGAUCACUACCAGAACAUGGUGAAGAUGUACAGCAACUGCACCGUGAUCCUGGAGAACCUGGAAAUCACACACACCUCGCACAAGCAUGAUCUGUCCUUUCUCAAGACCAUUGAAGAAGUUGGAGGCCACGUUCUCAUAGCUCUGAACAAAGCGCCAGUAAUCCCACUGGACAACCUGCGCAUCAUCCGAGGUCACUCGCUGUACGAUAAUGAAUUUGCCUUGGCAGUCCUGUCAAAUUAUAACCAAACCACAGCCAAAGGAGUGAACCAGCUGUCCCUCAACAGCCUCACCGAAAUACUCCGGGGUGGUGUGAAGUUCGCCAACAACCUUUACUUAUGUAACGCAGAGACCAUCCAAUGGGCCGACAUUGUGAACCUGAAGAGCAAUCCUAAAAUAAUCGAACAUCGGAAUGUUACCAAAGAGCUCUGUAAGAAGUGUGACCAAAGCUGUUACAAUGGCUCGUGUUGGGCUCCUGGCCCUCAAAACUGCCAGACUUUCACAAAGCUGGUGUGUGCUGAGCAGUGCUCCGGGAGAUGUAAAGGCCCCAAACCCAGCGACUGCUGCAACGAGCACUGUGCGUCUGGCUGCACCGGCCCGAAACCUACAGACUGCCUGGCCUGCAGGGACUUCCAAGAUGACGAUACAUGCAAAGAUGCAUGCCCUCCUCUCAUGCGCUACAACCCCAACACACACCAGCUGGCCCCCAACCUGGACGGGAAGUACAACUUCGGGGCCACGUGUGUGAAGAAGUGUCCGCAUAACUAUGUGGUCACAGACCAUGGCGCAUGUGUGCGAGCGUGCAGUUCUGGAACUUACGAAGUGGACGAGGACGGGCUCAGGAAGUGCAAGAAGUGUGACGGUCUGUGUCCAAAAGUGUGCUCUGGACUAGGAGUGGGUCAUCUAACUCACGUCAUGUCAGUCAACGCUACCAACAUCGAUUCCUUCGAGAACUGCACGACUAUCAAUGGAGACAUCUCCAUCCUGAGGACGACGUUCCUGGGGGAUAAAUUUACUGGCACUAAACCACUGGAUCCUGCCAGACUCAACAUUUUCAAAACAGUCAAAGAAAUUACUGGCACUCUACUGAUUCAGUACUGGGCACAGGACAUGCCUUCUCUCAGUCCCUUCGAAAACCUGGAGGUGAUCCGCGGAAGAACUAAACACCAAGGUACAGUGAGUCUGGGUGUCAGCGGGACUCCCAUCACGCACCUGGGUCUGCGCGCUCUGCGGGAAAUCAGCGACGGCGAUGUAGCCGUCACGCACAACGCCAAACUGUGCUACAACAGUCCAGAUCACUGGAAACGCCUGUUUAAAUCCAACACGCAGAGUGUCCGACCCAUGCAGAACGCAGACGCCGCUACCUGUGCGGCGCAGAACCGUACCUGUGAUGAGAUGUGUACGUCUGACGGAUGCUGGGGUCCGGGGCCCACCAUGUGCUUCAGCUGCGUGAGCUACAGCCGCAAGAAAAGCUGCGUGGCCUCCUGUAACCUCCUGGAGGGUGAGCCACGUGAGUGUGAGGUCAAUAAGACGUGUCUGGAGUGUGACCCCGAGUGCAAGCCUCUUAACGGAACUCAUACCUGCACCGGGCCUGGUCCUGACAUGUGUAAGGAGUGUAUUAACUACAAAGACGGCCCACACUGCGUGUCGCGCUGCCCGCAGGGGGUACCCGGGGAGAAGGACACGCUCGUGUGGAAAUACCCAGACAGCAAGCGGGUGUGCCAGCUCUGCCACCCCAACUGCACCCAGGGAUGCACUGGACCAAAACUUCAAGACUGCAAAGGCACAAGUGACACGAGCACGUCAAUCAUCGCCGCCAGCGUGGUCGGAGGGCUCCUGGCUUUCGUCAUUCUCUGCCUGGCCGUGGCCGUUUUAAUCAGGAGACGGAAGAUCAAGCGGAAGAGAACGUUGCGCAGAUUACUGCAGGAAAGAGAGUUAGUGCAGCCUCUCACUCCCAGCGGAGAAGCUCCGAACCAGGCGCUGCUGCGCGUCCUCAAAGAGACCGAGUUCAAGAAGAUCAAAGUGCUCGGCUCCGGAGCUUUCGGCACCGUGUAUAAGGGUUUAUGGGUCCCCGAAGGAGAAGACGUGAAGAUUCCCGUCGCCAUUAAGGUUUUACGAGAGGCCACAUUGCAGAAAGCUAACAAGGAGAUCCUGGAUGAGGCCUACGUGAUGGCGAGCGUGGAACACCCGCACGUGUGCCGUCUGCUGGGCAUCUGCCUGACCUCCAACGUGCAGCUGGUGACCCAGCUCAUGCCCUAUGGCUGCCUGCUCGACUACGUCAAGGCGAACAAGGACAACAUCGGCUCGCAGCACCUGCUCAACUGGUGUGUGCAGAUCGCUAAGGGUAUGAACUACUUGGAAGAGCGCCACCUGGUGCACAGGGAUUUGGCCGCGCGCAAUGUGCUGGUGAAAACCCCUCAGCAUGUGAAGAUCACUGACUUCGGCUUGGCCAAACUCCUCAGCGCUGAUGAGAAAGCGUACCACGCAGACGGAGGGAAGGUGCCGAUAAAAUGGAUGGCCCUUGAAUCCAUCCUUCACCGGACCUACACGCAUCAAAGUGACGUAUGGAGUUAUGGUGUGACCGUUUGGGAGCUGAUGACAUUCGGGACGAGGCCUUAUGAUGGAAUUCCUGCCAGUGAAAUCGCCGGGGUCCUGGAGAAAGGAGAGAGACUCCCUCAGCCGCCCAUCUGCACCAUCGACGUCUACAUGAUCAUGGUCAAAUGCUGGAUGAUUGACGCAGACAGCAGACCAAGAUUCAGGGAGCUCAUUGCAGAGUUUUCCAAGAUGGCACGAGAUCCAACACGUUACCUAGUCAUUCAGGGCGAUGAGCGGAUGCACCUGCCCAGUCCCACAGACUCCAGAUUCUACCGCAGUCUGAUGAGCGGAGUGGAUCUGGACGAGGCCGUGGAUGCCGAUGAGUAUUUAUUGCCCAACCAUGGCUUCUUCAGCAGCCCCAGCACGUCUCGUACACACCUACUGCACUCUGUGAGCCUGAACAGCAGCAUCGGGUCGUGCCAGAACAGGAACGGGGCUCUCGUGCCGGUGCGUGAGAACAGCCUCAUGCUGCGCUACAUCCCCGACCCCACUGAGCGCAUCCUGGAUGGAGAUUUCCAGCCUGCUCCAGAAUACAUGAACCAGAAUGGCAGCACCGUUUUCUCGGACAUGUCCAACCCCAUCUAUCAGCACCCUGCGCGUGCGGCCCUGGACGAGACCGAGGAGGACUACCUGAACUGCUUCAGAAACCCAGCGACCAUCACUUCUCCUAACUCCGCCCCCGAGUACCUAAACACCUCCCACUCUCAGCUCUUUUCCCCCCUCACUUCCAGCCAGAAGCAGCCGAACGGGCACGGCUACAUCGCGCAGAACAGCAUCGACAACCCCGACUACCAGCAGGACUUCUUUCCGGUGGGGACCAAGCCGAACGGGCACCUCCCAGCCGCAGAGAACUCUGAGUACAUGGGUGUGGAGGUGCACUAGCAUGCUUCAGAAGGGUGUGGACUCUGUAAAAGCGAUGUGACUGGACUUAUGCAGGCAGGCUGUACUGCAGUGCUUUGGUGGAGGCUCUGAACUGCCAUGAACUUGUUGGUUCAUUUGAGAGUUUUUAAGUUUUUAUGUUUCUUUGGAGCUGGACGGUGUGUAAGCCACAAACCUGUAUGCCACAACAGACUGCAAAUCAAUCUCCGAAUUUUAAUCCGAUUCACAGUCUAACUAUGUACAGGAUUUGAGCACAUCCUGUAUCAUUAGAUUUCAAGAUCGAACUUGAAGCUUGCAGAAAUUUGGCAAUUUUAGGGCAGGUUUUCUCACUUACACUUUUUUUUCUGCACCUGUGACUGGUUGAGUGUGAAAGCACUUCGAAAAUGCAAUCCAGGGAACACGUCUCUGGUCUGAAGGUGUGUAUUGGACUGGGAUCUCGUGCAGGCAGUCAGAAAUUAAGAUCACAAGCCAUGCAUAAAUAAUACACAGCUAUUGUUACUAUUACUUAAUGACCAAUUUCUCCAUUUUAGCAUUUUUUUUCUAUACAACUUCAUAAUUUGGCCCCAUGCCAAUUCCCACCCACCAGCUAUUAUACGACAGUUACCAAGCAAGAGGGUGAGGGCUAACACGUGCUCUUCCGCAGACAUGAGCUCACAGACACGCACGAUUGGCUAGUGUCGCUGUGAUUGACAGAGAAGAGCGAGUAUGCCCCUCCCACACAGAGAGCACGGCCAGGUUUACUCCCUUGGCUCCCGGACACGGAUGGCCGUGGCAUCGUCUGGUUUUGAACUCGCGAUCUUACAACGAUAGGGCGAAAUCUUUUAGCCUCCAUUUGAGCUUUUUUUUCUGUCAGAAGAAACAGAAGAGUAAAGAGUUAAAGAUGAGCUUAGCACAAAGCAAAAUUUACUACUGGAAGUGAACAUCCUUUUCACAUCCCUGCAUUCUUUCCUGUUCAAGUGAAUAUUUUUUUAUCACUUAAAUUUUAUCCACAUCAGUCCUGAAACCUCAUCAUAUUCUUUCCUGUUUCAGGGAAAGACAUGUUGUGGCUCUGCAGAGAAGACAAUGACCUUAUAGUAUAUAUGGAGCUAAAAACAUCAAACAUGAAAAAUAUUUUUGUAUGGAAUUGAGCAGGUUUGAAUAAAAGGCUAAAUUAAUAAUACAUCAAUUAAUAAUGUGCAUAUUGUUUCCCAUUUCACACACAAAAAAAAAACUUCACUCACAGCAUAACUAAAGUAUCAACCUGGUCAGAAAAAACGUCUUCUGUAUGAGAACCAUGUCAUGAUUGCACCUUCCUUCAAACAGUCCCAGAAUCAGAUUUUUCUGCCUCGAAUGUGAAAACGAUUUUAAAAGAAACCCAUCAAGAGAAGCUCACGAGCAUCACGCGUUGUACAAACCAGAUUGUGCUCUGUAGCACGUGUAGCUUUCAGUCUCUCAUCAGCAGAACACAGAGGCUGAGCCACACGUCGUUUCUGCGAUUCAAAAACAAGACAGCAGGAAAAACUGACCGCCAUUUUAAUGCUGAAAGUGUUGGUCGGUCUAACAAGCCGCCAGGCGAUCGGUACGCUCACAAGACAGAGAGAUACGGCUGACGUUUUCUGUUAUUGCAUCUAUUACAGUAUGUUAUUCUGCAUCAUACAAGCUGUGUACAGUCACACAUGUAUCCUUCCCUGUCUGUAAAUCAGUUCUUGUCUCGUUGUGUUGUUGCAUUCUUGAAAUUUUAUACUGAGAUACUGUUGAAAACUGUUAAAGCUUGCGAAGCAUUAGGGAAACUGUUAAGGUUGUGCUAUGGACAGUGUAAAGGAGUGUAAAAGAGAAAUGUGUGAUUGUAUACAAUAAGAUUCCUGAAUAUUCUUCAGCUGGGAAAAAUCUUCCCUGGCUCACCUUUUGCUUAAAAAAAAAAACAUUAUUGGAACAUUGCUCCUUGAAGUUUUCAUGUACGCCCUCUUGACUAUAAUUAUUACUUUUAAAAAGUAAAUAAAGUGUGUGUUUUUUACAAA